AUGGAUAACGUGCGCUGUGUGGACCUACUGAUUAGAGGUCAUUAAUUAAACCAACCCUUACCGACGCUGCCAAACCUGGUUCGGGAUUUUACUGGCCACGGUCAUCGUAAUAUGUGGUUUGUUUAUGCUUAAAUCAACAAUAUUUUGUACAUUGUGGGUUUUUAUAAGUGACCCUGAACGAUGUCUGCGACUAGUGUACCCGACAAGACUAAGAGGAUAGGACGAUGGUAUUUCGGCGGAAUAGCUAGUGCCAUGGCCGCGUGCUGCACUCAUCCGGCUGAUCUUAUCAAGGUUCAUCUUCAAACCCAGCAACUGGAGAAGGUCAAGGUCACGAGUUUAAUAGGCCGUAUCAUCAAGAAUGACGGGAUUCUGGGGAUAUAUAACGGUCUAUCAGCUUCUAUUUGCAGACAGUUGACCUACUCCACCACCCGGUUUGCCAUUUACGAGACGAUCAAGAAACAUCUGACUAAGGAUGGAAGCGUGAUGCCUUUCUAUCAGAAGGUUGGCACGGCCGUGGUGUCAGGCGCCUUGGGAGGUUUCGUGGGAACUCCAGCCGACCUUAUCAAUGUCAGGAUGCAAAACGACGUAAAGCUACCAGUGGACCAGCGCAGAAACUAUAAGAAUGCCUUUCAUGGUUUCUAUCGCGUGUUCCGGGAGGAGGGGAUUGGAAGGAUGUUCUCCGGCGCCACCAUGGCCAGUUCCAGAGCGAUCCUGGUCACUGUCGGACAACUGGCAUGUUAUGACCAGAUAAAACAGACACUUAUGAACACCGGCUACUUCAAAGACAAUGUGUUCACACAUGUAACCAGCAGUGCGGUAGCGGGGACCAUAGCCACUGUGAUUUGUCAUCCUGUGGACGUGAUGAAAACUAGGAUGAUGAACGCCCCGCCAGGACAUUACACUGGUUUAUUUGCAUGUGCAAAGGAUAUUGCGAAAAAUGGACCUCAAGGCUUUUUUAAGGGAUUCAUUCCAGCCUUCGUGCGUUAUGGACCGCAUACAGUCUUCAUAUUCAUUUUCCUGGAACAGAUACGACAGAAUUUCGGAGAUGAUCCGGAGUAGCUAAUCGGACAGGGGUGUCUUCAUUCAUAGUGUAUGGAGUAGCUUCUCCCAUCACAACAUUGACUCAGUUUCCUAGAAAAUCGAGAUAAUUGAGGUCGUAGCCGUGAUGUUUCCGUAUGCCUCGCUAUUUUUAUUCUCGUGGUGAGAUUAAAAUAGAUCUAAAACAUCAGUAAAUAUAUUUAUAAACCAUUUAUGUAACACUUUAAACUACUUUAGUAUGUAUUUUCCACAAUUAUCCAAGAACAGGUCACCGAGCGACAUUAACGUUGUUCCAUGUUUUAAAGUACAAAUGUAAAAUAUCGGUAUAUUUCGUGCAAUCUUGUUUAUUAGGGAACUGAACUGCCAUUUUAGAAAUUGUGA